AACACAUCCGACUGGAAUUGAAUGUCGAUUCAACUCGUAUCCGUUUCAGGCCAAAAGUGAUCGGGACUGAUGGACUUAACUCGGCCGAGUACAUGUUAUAGGAGCUCCGGAACCCGUGGUCGACCAUCUUGUCUUUCUUGCCCUGCAAUCUGGGCAAGUCGGAGCACCUCGGGGAACGCAGCUGAAGAAUAUCAUCUAUCUCUUGGAUACCAGAACACACUCUAGAGCAUACCACACUGUAAAGUACUCGUCCUUCAACUUUUACCCCGCAAUAAUGAGAACUUUGAGGGUGCCUAUACCGCCCUCUCGGAACCUCUUAUCUCCUUACACUCAUCAACGGGCCUCGUUACGAUUCUUGGCUCUGCGACAACGCCAAUGGAGGAGAACCGUUCACACCGAUCGCAAACGACUCAAUUCUUCUCUGGCUUUGGAACAUUCCCCUGGGAGUGCUGAGCCUCGAUCGGAUGCGUCAUUACUGGUAGACAAACAUACCAAUGGUAAUCCGCGAGUCCCGUUAGCGCCAUCGAGCACACCCCUCGAACAGUAUUUCAAGCUGGUGGAGUCUGGAACAUUAAAGCCAGACGAUCACCAGACACGAAUAGUACAGAAGCUACAAAGACUUCAUGACGAGCUCGUAACUUAUAAACCUCCUGCGAUUCCCCCCUCAGCAUCCUCAUCAUCCCCAACACUAAUAUCACGGCUCUUCUCUCGCGGACCCACUCAUGCCAUCUCAGUACCGCCUGAACAAGUCCCUCAGGGUCUAUACCUUUACGGAGAUGUUGGUACAGGAAAGACAAUGCUUAUGGACCUAUUCUAUAAUACACUACCCUCACAUGUAAAACGGAAACGGAGAGUCCAUUUUCAUGCUUUCAUGAUAGAUGUACAUAAACGUUUGCAUGCCGCGAAACGGAUGCUGGGAGCCAGAGGAGGUGAUCCCAUAGGGCCUGUUGCUAGAGAUCUGGCGAGCGAGGCAUAUGUGCUAUGUUUUGACGAGUUUCAGGUGACAGAUAUUGCAGAUGCCAUGAUUCUCCGGCAACUGUUCGAGAAGCUGUUAAGCUACGGCGUUAUUUCCGUGAUCACUUCCAACCGGCAUCCAGACGAACUUUACAAGAACGGUAUUCAACGUACCAGCUUUAUACCCUGCAUAGAACUCCUGAAGUCACGGUUCGAAGUCACCGACCUUGACUCAGGAACAGAUUAUCGUCGGAUGCCUCGUACCCUCUCACACGUAUACUACGAUCCGCUAACACCCGAGAACAAAGCCGAAGUCGAGAAGAUCUUUUCCGCUUUUACUUCAGAUCCUUCGGACCCUCUUCUAUACAACAGGAAACUGGAGACUUGGGGAAGGACAAUACUUGUACCAGAGAGUACAAGUCAAGUGGCAAAAUUCCGGUUUCAUGAUCUGUGUGGAAAGCCAUUGAGCGCAGCGGAUUAUUUAGAGAUCACAAAGACGUUUGGGACGAUCUUCGUAUUAGACGUUCCGAAGAUGGGGUUGGGUGAGAAGGAUCUCGCCCGAAGAUUCAUCACCUUCAUUGAUGCAUGCUACGAGAGCAAGACGAAACUCUUCGUCACCUCUGAAGUCCCCAUCUACAAGAUAUUCUCUGACGACCCGCACGGGAAGGGCGAGGACGGGAUCUCAGACCACAUGCGUAGUGUUAUGGAUGACCUAGGCUUGUCAGGUGACGUCGUGGGCUCUAGUUCCAUGUUCACAGGCCAGGAGGAACUCUUUGCUUUCGCUCGAUGUUGUUCACGAUUAGUGGAGAUGGGAAGUAAGCAGUGGGCUGAGACUUCUGGUGUACGAUAGUGCCGCCCAUGUCCUUGCGUGCGUUGUGACGCUAGCUAUAGUGGCAUAGUGGGUUAAUCCACACUACUCCCGAAGCUGAGUUUUGGGUACAAAUAUCAUAGAUGAAGAUGAAAGAAGUAUUCAAAUGCUGUUGAUCCCACCCGGCUAGAGCAGAGGGUAUGAAUUUAACAGAACGUGGUGUUCAGCGAAUAGAUGCGUGGAGAAGGAAAUACGGUGAGCGCCGGGAAGCCUGAAGCUAAGUACAGAGGUUCAUUUCGUCUCUGUCAUCCGAACAAUGGGGUGUAAGAUGUCGAUGAGGUUUGGGUUGAAGGGAAACUUUGCGAAAUGCAAACUCGAAGGGGGAAGGAGAGUAUUCAAUCGUAACGGCAGGUGCGCCGUGUUCAGUCAGAAGUGCCGGCUCAUCCAGAGACCUUGCAUCGUCUCCGGUGGUCGAUCCAAUCGCUGCAUAGAUAUAGCGUAAUUAUUUGCAAAAUCGUGGAAGGAAUUCAGUAUACUGGCGCACCUCUUUUGGCACAAUUUGCAACAAUAUAAUACCCUCCAACAGCCCUU